AUGGCUCCAAACAGGAUUCUCAAACACUUCAACCGGACUCUCGCGGUCGCGUUCACUGUAGUUGCCAUCUCGACUUUCAACUAUGGCUUCGACAAUGCGGGCUACUCUACGACACAGGCGAUGGACGCCUUCCAGAAGCAAUUUGGCGAUCAGGAUCCGACAACUGGAAAGUGGAAGAUUCCUCCGACUUGGUUAUCAUUAUUCAACAGUCUCAACUACAUUGGGUUCGCCGCUGGCGUCAUCAUCGGCAGUCUCGUCAGUGCCCGUUGGGGUCGUCGCUGGUGCAUGUUCGGCAUGAGCGCCUGGGCAGUUAUUCCGGCAACGAUCGCUUUGACUUCAUCCACUAGAGAGCAAAUUAUGGCCGCGCGCAUUCUCAACUACAUCUACGUUGGGAUGGAGUUGGCGGUGGUGCCAGUUUACCAAUCAGAAAUCGUGCCAUCCGAGAUUCGAGGAUUCGCUGUUGGGUCCUACCAGUUUAGUCUUAUGUUCGGGACUCUGAUCGUCAACUCUGUCUGCAGAGGCACCAGCACACUGGAGGGGAACGCGUCUUGGAGGAUCCCGAUGGGACUCUUCUACGUCAUUCCAGUCAUAGUGAUGUGCCUCAUCUUUUUCAUCCCUGAGUCACCGCGAUGGCUCUUGACCCAGGACAGAGUUGAAGAAGCUCACGCAUCGCUCAAAAAGCUCCGAGUCGGUACGAUCACGGACGCCGAAAUCGACGAACAGUUUGCCGCCUUACAGUACGCUCUGAAACAGGAGGUUGAACAGGGGAAAUAUUGGGAGUUGUUCAAAGGCGUCAACUUGAAGAGGACUGCCGUGGUCAUGGUUAUGAACUUCUUCCAACAAGCUACCGGUCAGGCGUUUGCAUCGACGUACGGAGCAAUCUUCAUCAAGGAUAUCGGAACCGUAAAUCCUUUCACCAUGACCAUUGUCAACGCAAUUGUCAACCUGGUCAUGGUGUUCAUUGGUCUCUACCUGACUGAUCGCGUAGGAAGACGGCCUCUCCUUCUGGUCGGUGCUGUCUUGCAGUUUGCAGCCAUCGUGACCAUGGGCUCCCUCGGCACAGUUUCGGAUCCAUCAUUUGCCGUCAAGACAGGCAUUGUGGCGAUGCUGACCGUCUUCGCGGCGUCCUAUGUCUUGGCAUGGGCACCCCUCAACUAUGUCGUGUCAACCGAGAUCCCUGCCCUGCGCCUCCGCGACGCCUCCCAGCGAACAGCCUCGAUGGUCAACGUCUUGGCCAACUUCCUCGUCAACUUCAGCAUUCCCCACCUACUGUACACUCCAGGCGCCGGACUAGGCUCCAAGGUGGGAUUCAUCUUUGCAGGCAUCCUGGUCCUUGCGUUUGUCUUUACAUGGUUCUGCAUCCCGGAGUGUAAGGGCAAGUCACUCGAGCAGAUUGACCGGAUGUUCAACGAGGGCGUCCCGCUGCGCAAGUUUGGCAAGUACAAGCCGGAGGACAUGUACCAGGCGUCUACGGAGGAUGGGGAGAAAGCUGGCGUGAUCGUCACGGCGCGGCACGAGGAGAAGGCGUGA